AUGACAGCUCGCAGGAUUCAGAUUAGAGCUUAAAGUCUGAUGAAAACCUUGUGAAUAUUUUUAAUUAACCCUAGAACUACAAGCUUUAUCAGCAUUAAAAGAAGUUCUGUUAUCCAAGAGCGGAGAAAGUUUAUAUGUUUGCACUACAUGACGAUGAGUCUAAAGGAUAAAGAUAAGGAUAAUGAUGUGCAAAAAUACUCGAUUAGUCAAUUAAUCAAAAAGCAUAGAAAAGUUUCUGGAUUAGGGCAGAAUUAACACAAAGCAGCGACGCCACUCCAGCUACACUCCCAAACAACAGAGAAGAGGCAGAGGAGGACGGAGACAGAGAGAGCGACGCGACGGGGUGAAGACACUCGAACGAACGCCACCUCCAGAAAACUUCCACAGCCCUGAUAACCAAGAGGCGGACGAGUCCAUCCCAGAGAGAGAGAGGCAGAGGCAGGAACGGCAGCAGAGUGGCACAGGAUCUUUGCUGACGAGGUCCUGAAGGAUGGAAGAGAAGCAGUUUGCUGGUAUCCUGAAUGGAGCAGUUCCAGGCGAGCCAGUGAAGAAGGAUGAAAACUCCCGAAGAGGGAACUGGGGCAACCAGAUCGAGUUUGUCCUGACCAGCGUGGGCUACGCUGUGGGUCUGGGUAACGUCUGGAGGUUCCCCUACCUCUGCUACAGAAAUGGAGGAGGUGCCUUCAUGCUCCCAUACUUCAUCAUGUUGGUGUUCUGUGGCAUCCCCCUCUUCUUCCUCGAGCUGUCCUUUGGUCAGUUCGCCAGUCUGGGAUGUCUGGGCGUCUGGAAGAUCAGCCCCAUGUUCAAAGGUGUGGGCUACGGCAUGAUGGUGGUGUCCACCUACAUUGGGAUCUAUUACAACGUGGUCAUAUGCAUUGCCUUCUACUACUUUUUCAUGUCUAUGACAAACCUGCUGCCGUGGACUUACUGCAACAACCCCUGGAACACACCGGACUGUAGCGGAGUGGUGGGCAGCGGCCCCCAGGUCAACGCCAGCUUCGCUAAUGCUACUGCCAGUCUGGUAAACGGGGUCUCUGAGGUGGUGAACCGAACCAAGAGAACCAGCCCCAGUGAGGAGUACUGGAAACACUAUGUAUUAAACAUCUCUGAUGACAUCGGGAACUUCGGAGAAGUGCGUCUUCCUAUCCUGGGCUGCCUGGCUGUGUCUUGGUUUGUCGUCUUUCUCUGUCUCAUCAGGGGCGUUAAAUCUUCUGGAAAGGUGGUGUACUUCACUGCCACUUUUCCCUAUGUUGUUCUGACCAUCCUCUUCAUUCGUGGCAUUACUCUGGAUGGAGCCCUCAACGGCAUCAAGUACUAUCUCACUCCACAGUGGCAGAAGGUUCUCGAUGCUAAGGUUUGGGGAGAUGCUGCCUCCCAGAUCUUCUACUCCCUGGGCUGUGCCUGGGGUGGUCUCAUUACUAUGGCUUCCUAUAACAAGUUCCACAACAACUGUUUCAGAGACAGCAUCAUCAUCAGUAUCACCAACUGUGCGACCAGCGUCUAUGCCGGUUUUGUCAUCUUCUCCAUCCUGGGCUUCAUGGCACACCACCUGAACGUCCCGGUGUCAGAGGUGGCUGACCACGGCCCGGGGCUGGCCUUCGUGGCCUACCCAGAAGCCCUCACUCUUCUGCCCAUCUCGCCUCUGUGGUCGCUGCUGUUCUUCUUCAUGCUCAUCCUCCUGGGACUCGGGACUCAGUUCUGUCUGCUGGAAACACUGGUGACAGCCAUCGUUGACGAGAUUGGAACAGACUGGAUCAUCAGACACAAGACCAUAGUCACUCUGGCAGUGGCCAUAGUUGGAUUCCUACUAGGAGUGCCUCUAACAACACAGGCAGGAAUCUACUGGUUGCUACUGAUGGACAACUACGCUGCUAGUUUCUCCCUGGUCAUCAUCUCCUGCAUCAUGUGCAUCUGCAUCAUGUAUAUUUAUGGCCACAGGAACUACUUUAAAGACGUUGAGAUGAUGUUGGGCUUCCCUCCUCCCCUUUUCUUCAAAGUGUGCUGGAGAUUCAUCUCCCCCGUCAUCAUUUCUUUCAUCUUGAUCUUCACUGUGAUCCAGUACAAACCCAUCACCUACAAUGAUUACGUGUACCCCGGUUGGUCUCUGGCCAUCGGCUUCGCUAUGGCUCUGUCCUCGGUGAUCUGCAUACCCGUCUACGCCCUCUACAAGAUCUCCAGGUCCCCAGGAGUCACCUUCAGAGAGCGGUUGAAGUACGCCUGCCGAUCACAUCCAAAGUGGGGCCCUGCUCUGCAGGAGCACCGGACAGGCCGCUACGCACCCAUGGCUUCCUCCGAAGACACAGUGGAGGCUCGUCCCCUCAAGGAGAAGGAGGAGCUAAAAGAGGAGCUAAAGGAGGAGGUGAAGGAGAAGGAAAAGGAGAAGGAAAGAAAGGAUGAGAUCAGCCUCACUAUCCAGGGAAGCAACGGCUCCACCAACACACACAACAACCCCAACCCCAGCGCAUAGACGGCCCCCGCUCUCUGUCAACACUACCGGGCUCGACCCCCCCGUGCCCAAACCCAUCUCCUCCUUCUCUUCGUCCCCUUCUCCUCCAUCCUCGCCCCACUUUCCCACAGUCCUCUGUGGGGGAGAUCCCAUUUGCUGGAGACCUUUACAUAUUGUAAGGGCUUAUUAUAUCUAUCCUAACCUCUUCUAUCUAUCUGUGUGUCGUCUCUAGUUACAAGAAGAAAAAAAAAAUACGAAAGGAAGAAAAAAUUGGGUCAUCAUCCAAAAGAUUUGUGUGUAUGUUAGUGUGCAUGUGCGUACGGGUGGGUUGUUAAUUUGUUUCACAUAAUUUAAUAAUGCAGUUUUGUUUUUUUUCCUUUCAUUAUUUUUUUGUAAAACUUGUAUAUGUCAUCUUCAUAUGCAGUUAGAGUCAGAGGUACGGUAGAUUGUGGAGCUGCAUGAGUUUGUUUUGUGCAUGCAGCAACAUAGAGACACACACUGUUCUCCUUUAUUCUGUUAGCUGGGUCUGUUUGGCUUUGGCGACUUUUAGUGGCAUUACCAGUGGUUUGACAGCUGGGAAAUGGAUGUGCUGAUGUGAGACACAGUGGUGCGCUAAUAUAGCAGAGGAGGGUUGGCUGUGCCUGUACUGGUCGUUUACUGUACAGUUGGAUGACCCGAAAAGAUAAAAAAAUAGGCUUGAUUUUUAUUGCCGGAAAAAGGCGGAUACACUUGUUCACACUCAUACACUCAAACUAUUGUACAUUUUACAGCACACAGUGACCUCAACUGUAGUUUAUCUCAGCUAAAAUCUAAGCCUGUUGUUUUUUAUGCUGCUUCUUCUUCAGAAAAAAAUUAUACAGAGCACAUGUAUUUAACUAACACCCGAGAUGGCGACUGACAGGUCGGAUUUUCCGUGGAAAUUCUCUCCAUUUAGAACUUCUUCGCUAAAGCUGCUUAGAUUUUGAAAACUCAGCAGUAAAAUAUAUCAGUGAACUUUAACUGUACUGUAUCUGUACUUUUUUGCUUUUGCAUUCAUACUGACACACGCAAAGAAAAAAAUUUGUUUCCAGUCUUUUUGGCAGAAGCUGAAAACAUCCCAGUGCCCAUUUCUCAGGGUCCAACGUGAAGUUACACUUUGUGGUUGUUCGCCUGUGGAAACCUUGUCUUGACUAAGGUAGCCUGUUACAAUUAUAGGGACUGAAACCACCUAAUGGUAACUUUGCCUCUCUGUUGAAGAAAAAAACAAAAAAAAAAAAACAAAAAAAAAACAUCUAUACUUACAGUACGAGCAUGCACACACACAAAAUAAGUGGAUGCAAAUCUGUUUAUAGAAGUGCCAUGUCUUCUUAAGUCUUCCGGCCAUUCCUUUUCAGUGAAAUGCAUCGUGGGAUGUGGUACAUGACGAGAGACCCGGACUUGA